UUGCCCUGGGGGUCCCAAGCUUUACAUAGGCUUAUAUAGGAAAAAACUUAAAAAAUAUUUUUGUCUGAAAGUUCAAGGCCUACAUUAAUACCACUUGAAAAUCUUUUAAGUUUUUAUACUUGACACACUUUAAAUUGUCUGUUAUGCAUUAUUAAUAUAAUUUUUUCAGAUCAUUAAUCCGGCAGCUUUGAUGGGCACUCAUAUCACAGGAGUAUUGAGCCAUGGCCAUAACUUAUUUAUGAACUAUGUGGACCUGCUAGAAUACCCACACGACCCAAACCUUACAAUAAAUAUACUACUGAAAUCCUUGCUAAAAAUAGUAAAGACUAAGGGUAGCCUACCGCCAAUCUUGUUUUUACAAGCUGACAACUGCCGAAGAGAAAACAAAAAUAAAUAUGUUUUUGCAUUCUUAGAAUUGUUGGUCCGUCAGAGAAUUUUUCGAGAGGUGUAUUUCUCGGUCCUCAUUGUUGGCCAUACUCAUGAGGACAUAGACGCAGCGUUCAGCAAAAUUUCAAGAUCACUGAAAAAGAAAUCAGCAGAAACAUUACCAGAUUUACUUCAGUGUAUACCAAAUGUAGAGAGAGUUGGUGAAGCUUAUGAUGUUAAAAGUUGGCUUGGAGAAAACAUUUGUGAUGUUAAAGGAACCAGUGAACCUCUGCAUUACAAGUUUGUUGCCAGUGGUAAUAAUGUCAAGGUUUUUUAUAAAGGUCUUCAACACACAUUCUGGAAACAAUUAAAUGGAAGAGGAACAUUUUUACGAAAAGUGCCUAGUGGAAAUCCCAAACUUCUGAAGCCAGACUAUUCAAAGUUUGACCUCAAUAUAGAAAAAUUAAAAAAACUAGUGUCUUCAGUAGAGGGACUUUUCUCAGACAAAGAAAAGUUUAAUUGGUGGGCUGACUUUAUCCCAAAUGUGAAAACAUAUGCUUUACAAAAUACACCCAAACGAGAAUGGAUAAAUGUCCUUCCAAAGCAGCCUCUUUUUCCCAAAUCCAGGAGUUCUCUGUCUCUGCUUGAUCCAUAUUUGAAAAAGGUACUGGAAAAAGAAUCUGCAGAACCUGAGCUAACUUGUGAAAAGGCAACAUUGAAAGUUUUGAAGUCUAAAAAAAGAAAACUGCAGAAGACGGUGAAAGUCCGGAAAGGCAGUGUUAAGUCAGCAGGAGCACAGGUUAAAAGAAAACAACAUAAUCAGAAACAGAAACAAGGGAAGCCGAAGAACAAAAAUCAUGGAAAAUUUCAGAAGUCUAACAAAAGAUCAGAAGUGAAACAGAGACAACAGAAUAGAAUGAUGAUCAUUCCUAUUGUAGAUGAUAUCAAGAAGCAUAUCUGGUUGAUAAUCUUCUUUUAUCUUGUAGACUUGUUUAUUUCUUUCACUGCUUUGUUUCUGUUUUUAUUUCACUUGCUUUAUUUUAUUACAACUGUUGAUGCAAUUGUACAACAAGUAAAUGUUCUAUGGGAAGUUCUGCUGAGGCAACACAUAGGGUGUCAGUUUGUACAUAGAAAUUCUGCACGAUUUGUGAUAGCAUAAUUUGCCUACCAUUUCGAAGUAGAGUGAACAGCUUUUGCUCAAUAAUUUGAGAACUACUUGACACUGAACAUUCAUUUUCGGUAUAAUGAUUGGGCAUAUAAAGUAGAUGUGUUUUAUUAACACCUCAUGAUUUAUAGAAUUUUAAAAUAUUUUUGCUGAUACAGCAUGUUACAAUUCUAUACCUAUUUUUCUCUUCUAUUCACAUUUGUACCAUUGAGACACUGGAUUCCAUACUGGAGGAUACAAAAAUCUCUUUGUUGAUUAAAUGAUAAAACUGUUGACUUUUGAUAAAGGAUCACAUAAAUAUCAACAUCAGUUGAUAAUUGACCCAAUAUUUCUGUAAUCUUUCAAAAACAUUGUCUUCAUCAGAUUGUCUUUUUUUAAAUGAGAAAAAAAGGUAUAGAGUGAAUAGUAAGUUCACAUUAUCCUGUACAUAAUUGGAUAUAUUUGGACUGUAACAAUCUUAGAAACAUAAUUAUUAGACUUACCUAGCACUUCAUUAAAUGGGUUAUUAUUGAAAUAUAUAUUUCCGCAUUGUACAGAACAAUAUUGAAUAACUUACUAUUGUAUGUUUAUAAUAAGAUGUAUGUUAAAUUGUUAAUUUUAAGAUAACUGAUUAAAUACCAGGACUACGGACCAGUACGCAUUUUAGACAUAAGACCUAUGUUUUAUUACCUGAUUUACAAUAAAAUCUCUUAAGGGUAGUAUUCUGGUUUCAGCUGAAUUUUCCUGUCAAUAUUUUAGGUCUAUUUAGAUAGGAUAUUCAGUAUGAAAGUACCUGAAAUGAUUGUAUAGUGUUUUGAAUUGAUAUAAAAGUGGCCAAUCUUGGCAACCUUUUUGCUUAUUUUGUAGUUUAAAUGACUAUCUUGAAGGUCAGAUGGUUAAGGUCCUCUUCAGGUGACUUAGUCCCAUUUGGGCCUCUUUUUUUGUAAUUAUUAAUAUUAUACUUCAAUAGCUUUCAUUUUUUAAGGGGUUGUACUGUAUUAUUGGGUAUUUUGGUUACUCUUUGAUACGCAUGAUAGGCAGCAUGAGUUUCUCUAUUAUGUGGGCUUAGUACAGCCUCAGAAAGUGACUUUUACAAAAUGUGGUCACAUUAUUCCUUAUACUCAUUCAUCAUGGUUGGUAUCAUGAGUUUCUCUUAUAUUUCGUUUCGAUAAGAGCUAAGUAAAAUGACUUACAAAAAUGUUGCUACAUUAUUUGUUUGUUUAAUCAUCUUGAGAGUUUUAUCUUAUUUGUAUUUAUUUAUGUAAAUGUUGUAUAAGUAAAUGUUGUUCCAUAUUUAGAUAAGUACAUUUUGCUGGGAAAAAUUAUAGUAUUUGGUUAUAACAUGGAAAAUUUAAUAUUUAUGCUCUGGAAGUAAUAAAUUAUUUGAAUGUUUCUUCUCUCAAUGUUUCAGAAUAGUUUUUAGCUCACCUGAGCCAAAGCUCAAGUGGAGCUUUUGUGACCACUUGAUGUCCAUCUUAAGUUUCAAACAGUUUGUCAACAAUUACUUGUCUGCACGAUUGUGGUUUCAUUUAUGAUUUGAUUUUAACCAAACUUGCACAUAACUUGUAUCACUAUAGGAUCUUGGUUUCUUUCUAGAAGCCAGUCUGGGUUCCAGAGACAUGGCCUCUGAUAGGGCAAAUGUUGUCUU